AAUUUGAACAUAAUUUGAACUUAACAUCGAUGUUUUGCGUCGAUGCCCAUCACUAACACACGUCAACUUAACGAAGAAGAAUACAACACAACAUAACCCAUUUUUUUAAAUUUGAUUUUGUUGUUUUUUACCUAAAUCAUGAACUCAAAAUAUACCAUCUCAGCAAUUCCUCAAAAUUUGAGCAAGGAAGAGACAAUAGUUCAAAUAGUUGAUGUUUUAGACCAAUUAACUGAAAUUACAAAAGACGUUUUAUCUCGGGUGGAUAAACGAAUCCAAACAAAUCAUACGAAGCUUUCAAAUAUAUCAAACAGGAUAGAUGUGGCAGCGUCCAAAAUCAAGCGCUACGGAGCAAAAAAAGCCACUACCGUGUUUUCAAGUAGUAAAUAUCCAGGCCUUGAUGUAAAAUGUGAUUAUGAAUCGAUAUUUAGUGGCGGAUCCGAUAUAAAGUUACAAAAACACAAUGUUAAACAUACAGCUUAUUCAUCCGCGUACGAACCUUUAAAUAAAUUGCAAUUCUUUCACGUGGAAGUCCCCGAUGAAAGGGAUGAUAGUGUGUUAGAAGGUCUUGGAAACUUACCACCAAAUAUUACAGGUGUCUGUGACUUGCUUCUUUUUAACACAGGCAAAAAUGUUUAUAAAGAAUUCGGAUACAUUGAUUCUUUAAAAGGAAAUGAAGUAGUAAGUGAAACAGUGCACAUAAAUACAUCUGAAUUGGGCCCAGCACCUCACUCUAUAAGUCAGAGAUCGUCAUCCCUACACCAAGGAAUAGAGGAAUCAUAUUUUUACAAACCAAAAGUAGAAGAGUUACCUGCAUUAGAUGUGCCUUUGGAUCUACCAGACUUACCUGGCGUUGCUGGUGACUUGAGAUAUGAACUUGAUGUUGACACUAGCAUAGCACCUUCUGCCUUUAAUCAAAAUAAAGUUACCGCAGACAAGCUAGAUUUACCCAGUGUGUUUGAAGUAAAAGAUAAUGUGGAUGCAGUGUUGUCUAAUCCUCCUCCACCACCUCCACCUCCAGAAAAUGUACCUAAACCUCCACCAAUACAAGAGCCACCUCCAAGAGUUGUUGAUGUAAAAGUAACAAGUUCUGAAGAUCCAACAAAUAAUAUAACUACAACGCCGGUGCCCAUCGCCGCACCAAGGGAUAUACCUCCACCACCUCCCUGGUCCCCCGCACCUGUCCAACCUCCUCCUAUCACCGCACCUCCCAUUCCCGAUUCCAGAACCAACCUGAUGGAGGCAAUACGACAGGCCGGUGGUUCCCAGGGAGCCAAACUGCGAAAAACAAACUCCGACCAGCACCAGUCUGCCAGUACGAAAUCUACAGCGCCAUCUGGUGACCUGAUGGCGGACCUGCACUCGAAACUGAUGUUGAGACGGAAGGGUAUAUCGGGAACGAAGAAACCGGAAGAAGUUCUGAGUGGAGAGUCGACUCUGGCAAAGAUUUCGUUUAUGAUUCCUCCGCCGGACCCUAAAGAGGAUAACGAGAGUAAUGAAGGGUCUAGCAAUGAAGGCGAUUGGGAUGAUUAAAUGUGUUAAUUUUUGAUGCAAUAUAUCCGGUAUAUUAUGUGAUAUUCGUAUUGUAAUUAAGUGCAAAAAUAUGUUAAGAAUAAAAUAUUUUAUAUAUUAUAUAAUGGAAUGUAAGGUCUUGUUGUUAAGUAUAACUAAUGUAGGAAAAUAAAUUUAUUAUUUUGAUAAUAAAAUUCUUGUUGACUUUU